UGGUAUAUAAGGUAGAUUAUCCUACCUAAAUCCACCCUGCGGCUGGAUUUAGGUAACACCACUCUUUAUAAUACCGGUAUCAUGCAUAAUACCAGUAUUUACACUUCUAAAGAACGCGUAAGGUAGAUGAUCUACCCUUAAUACCACCAAGCAAGAUUUGUAAAGAGUGGUAUUUAGGUCUCUAGAACCCGGCUGAUAGAUGGAUAGAUUUACUAGGAAUCAAAGACGACAUAUUUCCCCAAACUGGUUUUGUACAAAAUUGUACUUUACAUUUGUUUGUAAAUAAAACACAGCUGUUCUGUUUCUGUAGUAGAAAUGAUCGAGUAUGAACAAAGAGAAUAGAAUAUGAUAAUUUUAUGCGGCCUUCGUUAAAGAAUACAUCAAGAUUAUUUCAUCGAGUUUAAGAAUUCCAUUAUUACAUUUUUAUCCUCAUAAGAUUAUUAUUAUAUCAUAUUUGUGAGGUUCCAUGGGCAUAUACCCAAGAAAUUAUACUAAAAAUAAUUCUGGUGUAAUCCGACUAUUUCAAGGUGGAAUAGUUAACAUUAUGAAAGGUUACAAAUAAGUUUUAUGCUGUUGUUCUGACUGAUCACUGUUUUUAUUUUCUAUUUUAUAAGUAUAAAUUGGUUCUUAAUUUGAAAUUAAUGCAUGUGGUGUGAUUGUUUUCUUAGUUUAGUUUGUUUGUUAACCAAUUUCUGAUGAAUUUGCUUGUUUUUCAAGUUGAUACUACAUUUAGAUACAGCAUGUAUAAUGUGCCCUGAGUUUUUUUUAGGUGGGGAAAAGGUAUUUUAGUGGGUUGUCUUAAUCUAUUGAAUAAAAUCUUGAAAUCAUUUAAAGAAGAAAUCAUUUCCUGGAUAUUAGAUCCUAAUUCUUCCAAAAAGAGGAGAUAAAAGUAGGUUAUCUGGUAAGAAUCAGUUCGACAUGAACUGAUGAAGAUCUUUGUCUUUUAUUCAUGAAGCAAGAUUUACUGGUUUGUUUUCAUGGCUAUGGAGUGCUAAGACCCCACUAAAAGUUUUUUGUGACACUAGUAUUUCAAUGAUAAGUUUUUAUAAACUAACUUUUUCUGGUUUUGAUUGUGGUUUCACCUCAUCAUCUCGAGCUAUGCGAGAUAUUGUGACUGCUGACUCAGGCUGAGGUAUUUUUAAAAUUUUAUAAUAAAGUAAAAAAACAAUUAAUUGAAAUUGUGAAGACAUGACAAACCUUUCCAUCAAAUCUCUGACCGUACUAUUACAAAUAUGCAGAGAUUUGCAAAAUCUCACCAAACUUGGUUUGGAAUGAAGAAAACUAAAAUAAAAUUGAAUAAAGUAGGCAGUCGAGCAGUAUGCUUUGAGACUCUGUGUUUUCUAUGAAAAUGUCCAAUGGAAGACUUAAAGUUUAAAGUUCAUGGUUAAUUUUUUUGGAAAGGUCAGAAAAUGUCAAUUAAUCACAGGGGGUUCCACUCUUCUGUCAGGACUAAGGACAAAGUUUGUUUAUGAAGUUGAAAGAAUCCAGGAGUUUGUAAGAAAGUAUAUCUAUGUUAGAGAAAAUGAUCUGUCCAGGUUUUUAGAAGAUUUGACAGAGAAGAGUUGGUCAGGUUUAUCUCCAGCUAACAGACAAAAAAUGAUAGUUUCAGGUGUUCUGCAGCCCAUACUGAAGAUUUAUCUUGCCCAUAAAACCAUGGAGAAUAUGAUCACUGCGCUUGUAGGUAAAACAAGGAAGUUUAUCUCAGAUGUAAACCAGAAAAUAGGAUUAGAUGAUCUGAUAGAGAACAUUCUAGAGAGCAAGGGGAUAGAUUAUGAUGAAUUCUAUGACGAUGAAUAUGAAGACAAUGACGAGGAAUAUGAGGAUGAUGUUGACGAUGAUAAUGAUGAAUACGAGGAUGAUGAGAAAAGAAAAAAUGACAAAGUUCAUGAUGAUGAAAAUUUAGAAAAAGACGCCUUCAAAAAUUAUAAGAUUGACAAGAAUAAUGAUUGCGUUGAGAAUGAAAAUAAUGAUGGCCAUGAGCAUAACAAGAAAAACGAUGAUGAGAAUGAAAAAAGUGACUGGGCUUUUCGUAAUAAUUCUCAUGAAAAGAUGAAGGAUCAUGAGAAGACAAAGAAAGAUGAUUAUGAGAAUGAUUUAAAUGAUGAUGAUGAUGAAUGUAAAAAAUUUGGACCAUGAGAAUACAAAGAAACAAUGAUGAGAAUGAAAAGAAUAACGGGGCUUUUCUUAAUAAUUCGCAUCCAUUCGAUUUUACAGAUUGACUCAUAUCUUGAAUUAAAAUAAACGUUCUGAAGAAUAUUA